AACAAAUAAAAUUGAGACGACAAAUAUUUUCGGUGGAACUUUUCCAUUUCGUAGCUGAUAAAAUAAGUUAAAAAGUAAUAUUUAUAAACAAUUUAAAUAAAAAAAUUGUGAAAACAAGUUAAAAAAGUGAAAAGAAAUAGUUGGGAUUAAAAUAUAAAUCUGUUCAAAGACAAGAAAUUGCAGCAAAAAAAGCACUUAAGUGGAUCAGAGUCGUAAAAAUUUAGUAGAAAAAAAACGGACACGCAACCAAAAGACGAACAACGAUUCUGGCUGGCUGCCGUUGGUAAUAAUAAAGGUAUUGGUUACUAUAUAAUGGAAGGAGGUGGUGGCGAGGAAGAUAAACAAUUGAUAGAAGUGUCUAAAUCAGCCGUUAAAGAGGGAGACGAAUGGUGAGAAAAACACACAAGGAAGACCUUGAAAAUAUAACAAUAAACAACAAUAAGAACAUAAAAUAGAAAUUAAAAAAGAAGUAAGAAAGAAGAGAAAUUUUAAAAAAUAAAAACAAAAUAAAUAUAAGUGAUAAAAAAUAAGAGAAAUAAAAGAAUACUGGUGCGGAAUAAACAAAUAAAAAACAGAGUGUAAGAAAAAUAACAAAAAAGAAAAUAACAAAAAUUAAAAUUUAUGAGUUAAGGGGUCAAAGUGGUGAAUAGAUAGGAAAAAGCGCAAAUAAUGACGACUAUGCCAACACAAACUUUAGUGCAACCCAUUAAAAUUGCAGUUAAAAACAUGGCUAAUACGCAAAAUACAACGCCCGCCCCUACGUCCCCUACCAUUGUAUCAACACCAAUUACUUCACCCUCGGAAACAGAUACAGCAUCAACGGUUGUAAAUGGCCGCGAAGCUCGCAAUUUAGCAGAAAAACACCGUAGAGAUAAAUUAAAUGCCAGCAUUGGAGAAUUGGCUAAACUUGUACCACAUGCAGCCGAUUCACCAAGACGUCUAGACAAAACGACUAUUUUGAGACUUACCACCCAUGGUCUGCGAUUGCAGUAUGUAUUUGGAAAGUCUGCAGCACGUCGCAGAACUCUACAUAAAGGCGAUAAUCAUGUAAUGACAAACACCCUGCUACAUCUGCUCGACAGUUUCUUUAUAACACUCACCUGUCACGGACAGAUAGUGUUGAUAUCAUCUAGUGUAGAACAUUUGUUGGGUCACUGUCAAUCCGAUUUAUAUGGUCAAAAUCUUCUACAAAUAACACACCCAGAAGAUCAAGAAAUGUUACGACAAGAAUUGAUACCAAGUGAUAUUGAAUCAUUGUUUGUUGAUUAUCACAAUUCUACAAAAAACUCAUCAUCCUCGCCAAACUUCUCACAAGAACAACAUUGUUCAUACAACACAUCUCAUACCCCCCACCAACCCAAUGAAGAUGACCAUAAUCACCAUCAUUUGGAAAAUGAUGAAAACUAUUUAGCCGAAAUCGAUGAAAAAUUGAGAGCGGAUAAACGCUGUUUCACCGUACGCUUAGCUCGAGCCUCCACUCGUUCUGAAUCGAAGAAAAUUUAUGAAAUUGUCAAAAUAGAUGGAUGUUUUCGCCGUAGUGAUUUUUCGGCACUAGCCACCGGCUCGUGUAGUUAUCCUAUAGUUUCUCAACUAAUAAGACGAUCUCGAAAUAAUUCGUCGUCUUCAACGUGUGGUGGCGUUAAUAAUAACGGCAUGAGUGCCGGGGGAGUGUUCAUACCUCAUCUUAUGCAACAUGAUGCCAUUGCCCAGGCUGCUUUACACGGUGUCAGCGGCAAUGAUAUCGUUCUGGUAGCAAUGGCGCGUAUUAUAAGACCACCAAAAAUACUGAAUUACUCCUUGGAAGCAAAUCGUUUAGAGUAUAAAACACGACAUUUAAUCGAUGGUCGUAUUAUCGAUUGUGAUAAUCGUAUUGGUUUGGUAGCUGGUUAUUUAAAGGAGGAGGUUCGUAAUUUAAGUCCGUUUUCGUUUAUGCAUCAAGACGAUGUUCGCUGGGUUAUUGUGGCCUUACGACAAAUGUACGAUUGUAACAGCGACUAUGGUGAAAGUUGCUAUCGCCUAUUGUCGCGAAAUGGUAAUUUUAUUUACUUAAACACCAAAGGCUAUUUGGAAAUCGAUAAAGGCACUAAUAAAGUACAUUCCUUUGUUUGCGUCAACACAUUGCUAGACGAGGAAGAAGGCAAGCAAAAGGUUCAAGAAAUGAAGAAUAAGUUUUCGAUUAUUAUAAAUGCUAAAGUACCAACAAAUACAAUGCAAGAUGUUCCAGCAUCACAAAAUCCACAGCAGCUGGAAAGAAUUGUGCUGUAUUUAAUAGAAAAUUUACAAAAACGACAAAACAACGCCUGUGUGGUAGAUGAAAUACAUUCGGAAGAUGAUGUUAAACGACAUACCACAACACCACCACUGGCGUUGGUGCCGCCCGAACCGGCAUCAGUAAAAAAUUCUAUUUCCAAAUCUGUAAGUGUUGUAAUUGCAACAGCAGCUAAAAGUUUUGCAGUACAAACUAAUACCAAUAACCUUAAUAAUACUAAUACAAAUAACAUCAAUAAUGAGACUACAGAUGAGUUAACGAAAAUAACUGAACAAAAAUUCAAUACCUCAACACAAACGACGUGUACACAAAAUGAACCAGUUCUACAACGUCCCAGUGUAUUACAAAUGCGAGAUAAAUCGUGUCAGGAUACAACAUUUGGUUUAUAUUCUUCGUCGCCGUCGUCGUCGUCGUUGCCGUCAUCGACAUCUAAUUUAAAUUCACCUGACAACUUUGUUGAUAACAAUGCUCAGCAUGUAUCCGUUCUUAAGCGCAUACGUGUGGAUACUUCAGCGACGCAGGCCUUUAAAGAUGAUGAAUAUCAUUCACCGCAACCAGCCAAACGUACAUUAAGUAAUUCUUCCACCACCUCCUCCUCGUCAUCAUUAACUUCACCCACAACAAAUUCAUGCUUAUUAUCACCCAACGAAAGAAAUGAUAAUGAGGCUGACAUUCAUGAUUUCAUUUCGUCAUCUCUACGUCAUGUCGGAGAGUCAUUAAAUUGUAUUGAUGCUCAAACGUCUAAUUUACGUCAACAUUGUUCCAGUCUACCCACUUGUCUGGAUAAUAAAUUGGAUGCCAUUAUCAUAGAACAGAAAAAACAAAGUGAGUUUUUAGAUAAUAUUAAAAAUGAAUAUGAGGUUUACAAAGAACAACAAUAUCCCAACAAUUCACCGAAAUAUACGCAAAAUCGACAAGGUCAAAAACAAAUUCACAAUCAACAACAACAACAACUUUCUUCGCCAGAUAUACUUUAGUAAGGACUCAGUUUGAUUGACUAUAUGUAUCUGUUUGUUUGUUUGUUCAUGUAAGUAAAUUAAAAUAAAUACUUACUAUUGUUAUAAUUAUAUUAAGUACCUACCUAUCUAUAUGUAUGUAUGUAAGUAUGUAUUUAUUAUCUAAGCUAUUAAUUUUUUGUUCAUAUGGUUGAAAGUCCAUAUAAUGGAAUGGUAUUGAAAUUCUAAGUAUGCAAGAACAAAUUAUUGUAAUUUUUUUUUAUUUUCUUUAACUAUAUUCUAUGUAUGUAUGUAUAUUAUAUGUAUUAAAUCUGUAAUUACUUACAAUUAUACUUGAUAAUUUCACUUUGUAUUCCUUAAAUAAUUCUACGAAAAAAUAUCCUUUCUAAUUUCUUAUUUUAAUUUUACUAAUUUAUUUUUGAAAAAAAAAAAACAAUAUUGAUGCAUGAUUAAUUACAUAUGGUGAGAAGUAAUUACAUAAAAGUUAAACCCCAUUAUGAUUGGUUUGUGUGAAAAGUUUAAAUUGGUAUCAAUCAAUAUACGAGACAUUUGUUGUUUUAUCAAUGUUUAAAGGCUACCACCAAUUACCAAAUGUACCUAAAUAUAUGCAUAGCAUCAAUAAAUAUAAAUUUCCCAGUAAAUGUGAUUGCAAAUCAGUGACUUAAAAUAAUAAUAAUAUAAAGGAAAUUUUUUUAAAAGCUUUUAUUUAGUUGGUCAAAAAUUGUCAUGAAGCAUACCGAAAUAACGCGUCGAAAACGUUGAACUAUUGGAAAAUCUAAUUUUGAAAAUGCGUUGGUGAAGUUGGCUGCAUAAUAUGAAGAAAUUGUCGUUAUUUAAGCUUUGUCUGUUUUAAUACAAUAAAAAAACUUUGUACAUACAAACUAAAUUGGUAAACAACAUAUUUGUCAUUAUUGACAAAACGUUGACAGAUAUGCUACUUUAGCAUUAACAUUGGACUGCAGAAAACGUUCGACGCUUUUCGAAAAAUUUGUAAAGCUUUUUAAAAAUCAUAAUGAAAUUUAAAUAUUUAUAUUCAGAAUAUAAAUAUCACUAAUAGCGAGAUACAUGUAUGUAUGCACACAUUUUUUUUUGGGAAAAAUUAGUUAUGUGCGCAUUUCGUUCAAAUGACCGUACAACUCUAGGACGAACUAUAAUAUAUUGGCCGCAAAGGCUUGUAAUCAAUUGAAUUCUUAAAGAAAUAAAAAAAAUAAAUGUUUUAAAAAUAUGUUUUAUUUUUCAUUUAUUUCUAAAAUAAUGAUUACUAAGUAAUUAGCAGCAAUUUUUCUCUUAACCAAACUGCGGUGCUGCGCAUCUUUCUUUGAAAAAUAAAAAAAAAACAUAUUUUGAUUGUCAGUAAACUUCACACAGCACAAAUGUCUCCAUCUAUACACACUUACUUUCAUGUAAUACGAGUAUGUUCGAUUUUUAUAAAAUUUAUCUCAAUUUAAAAAUAGACUCUAAUCAUAAUAAAUGUACUAAUUAAUACAUUGUAGCUCGAAAACUAGUUUAAUUUAAUAAUCAAUUAAUAAUAAACAGACCAAUAAUAAUACAUACAUACUAAUAUUGUAUUAGUUAAUCUUGAUUGAAUUAAUAUUUUAAACUGUCCUUUUCAUUAGAAUAGUUUUCCUAAAAAAAUAAAAAAAAUCUGCCUUAAAAGAAAACAAUUAAAUGUAGUAAUUGAUUUGUAUAUUUUUAUGUUUUUGUGUAGUUAUAAUUUAAUAAAUUAUAUAAUUAGGCCAAAUUUAUAUUUUCGUUGCUAAUUAUAUACAUAAUAUAUUUUCCUUUACUACUAGUAGUCAAUCUUUCUUAGAAAAAACAUUUAUAUAAAAAAUUAUAAAAAAACAUGUUCAAUUAACACGUUAAAAAAAAUUCUUACUGUAAUUGUAUUGAAUAUAUUAAAAGAAAAAAAUAUGUUAAUUUAUAUCUCCAUUCACUUGUAUAUGAAAAAUUGUAUAAAAUAUGUACUAUACAAUUUAUAAUCGUAUAUACAAACGUACAUAUGUAUGUAUAUAAAACAUAUUUUGCAUAUACAUAUGUAACUAUUUAUUAAAUAUAGCAUUAAUUUACACAAAAAAAAAAUGUUUUUAAAACAUAUAAUUUUUUAACAACUGUGAAGGCAUCGGAGAGGAUUGCUCUUUUUAUUUUAAUUUUUGUUUGUUUUGUUUUUGUAUGUAAAUGUAUAGUUAGUACAUAAUUAAUAUAUCUAUAUAAAAUAAAUAGUAAUAAAGUUUUUACUUUAAUAAAAUAAAAAUAAAUUUAAUAUAAUUCAUUACGUUCUGUGUCUAUAUAAUACAUACAAAUUUAAAGUUAUACUUUGAAUAAUAAGAAAAUAUCAAUAAAAUAUGAGUUUAAAUUUAUUUAUGGAAAAUAA